AUGGAAACAAGUCGUGAUUACCCGGAUGUGUACCUCGAUGAAAACCGGCAACCGAUUGUGAUCAGUGUGGCCAUUAUUUUCCUUGUCCUCGAGUCUACGACGCUGAUACUACGACAGCUUUCAAAGAGAAUAGGAGGAGUUUGCAUGGGGUGGGAUGACUUGCUGAUCGGCCUUGGCUACAUAUUUUGCACCGCCCUGAAUGCUUGCGGGCUGGCCGAUACCUACCGUGGUGGUGUCGGUCUUCAUGAGGUCCGCGUUAUACAGAUCAAUCCUGGAAUGAUCAAGAUAUGGGGUCAGCUCAUAGUCACCAUCCCUAUCAUCUAUAGCGCUGCCGUGAUCCCGGCGAAGCUCGCAGUCCUCCACCUCUACCUCCAUAUUUUUACAAAUCGAAGAGCGCGGCUCAUCUGCUAUGUUACAAUGACGAUUCUGAUAAGCAACUGGGUAGCAUGCACGGUAGGAUGGGCUCUGGCCUGCCGACCCGUCAGCUACUUUUGGACUGGAGAAGGAUCCUGUGUCAAUAUCAAUGCGGUUUAUCGCUGGAGUGGGGUUCCGAAUAUCGUCACGGAUCUGAUCAUCCUCGUACUGCCAAUUCCAACAUUAUAUAGGCUGCAGACUUCCUUGCGUCUCAAACUAGGCAUUGCAUUGACCUUUCUUCUUGGGGGUGUUGGAUUGAUCUGCUCAGUGAUUAAAUUCUAUGCGUUUUUUGUGAUCAACGCAGGAAUCGAUGGCACUUGGAAUACCACCCCAUUUUUGAUAUGGUGCAUGGCCGAGGCAGGUACCUAUCAGGUUGCGGCAUGUUUACCUCUUUAUCGCCCAAUUUUCAAAUUCCUAGGGGGGAAUUUACGCUUCAGUCGGGUGACUCACUCUACUGACGAGUCAAAAGACAGAACCUUUCAACCAUUACAGACGCUGUCUGAUAUGGAGCCCAUUGGGAGGUUCCAACCUCUGAAAGGGUUUGACAGCGUAAUCGAUGACGAGUAUAUAUACAGUGUGGCAGCUGUGGGUGAUGAACAGUUCAGCGGGAACACUGAGACAACCCCUUCACGGUAA